GAAGAUCAUACUGGCUGAACUGCAAAAUGACACUGCUGCAAGGAUCCAUACAUUGUUUAAUGUAAAUCUUAAGAGGGAAAACUUCAGUGUUCAAUGUUAGAAAUUUUACCAAUCCUUUCUAUCUAAACUGACUAUAUAUUGAAAUCAAUAUUCAUUAUAGCUAAAGAGUAGAUGAAUCACUUUGAGGUACUUUAGUACUAGAGGAAAAUCUCAAAAGUGACAAUAUGUAGAAGGAUGUCCUUCCAUUAUGCUGCAGGCAAUAUCCCUGCGUGUGUCAAAGAUUUUUUUUGCCUUUAAAAAGCCUAUUCAAGUCACUUCAAAGAGUUUAAACAAAUCAAUUCUCGUACUCUCUAAUGCAUGUUUUCUAUUACUGUUAUAUCACUGGUUAUCAGAAAUAGUCAAAUUACAGCCCCAAACAGCACACAUUCUAACUCCAGAAAUGCUCAGGGUUUUUAAAACUCUUUUAAAAGACACAAAUAAUGAAUUCUCAUACAUUGCAGUUCUCAUACAAAGUCACUUAAACUUUCUGAAUCAUGUUUCCAAUACACAUAAAUGUGAUAUAAUAAGCAAGGAUUAAAAAACAACAACAACAGAAUUUGAGAAUUGAAGGUGACUCCAAAGUAUAAUAGCUGUAGUUGUGAAGCUAUGAAUGUAUAACACCCUUACUUUUCUAGCCAAUCCCCUCAUUAUACAACAUAACAUGGGAAGGGAUGCAGAGGAAGAGAGUGGCAGAUAGGAGAGAAUUGUGGGAAGGGGUGAGGGUUGCCAGCUACAAAGCACCUGCAUUAGCCAAGCUGUCUCUAAAAAAAAACUGGCAAAGGUCCAAAGUGCUGCUUCAUUACAAAUUGUGGAAGCCCUUCCCAGUGUGCAUUGUUUUAACCUACACUGAGAGGAGAUCAAGAUAGGAAGGAAGCUGUUGUCAUGGGGAUAGAAGCAAUCAGAAUGAUCUAGCCACUCCCAAUUCUUUAACUGAUUCAGAUUAUUGUAUCAGUGGUUGGAAAGUAAUGUUUAAAUCUUAGAAAAAUGCAUAGGGCAAUAAUAUAAAGUUAAUGUGUUGUUCUCUAUUCAGAAUGACUAUGACCUGUUUAAUUUUUAUGAUGAUAAGAACUCUAUGACUUAAUUGCAAGUAUACACUAAUUGGGGCACUUGAAUUUUGGUGAUGUGCACAGCUUGGGUCCUUCCCCCUCUGUCAUUACUGACCACUGGCCUGCUGAGGGCUGGCAGUAUUUAGAGUAAUGGAACAUUUUACAUACACACUCAAACGACCAUUUACUAGCCAUCCUCAUUUAAAGGCACUUAACUCACCCUUAUGUACACAGUCUAUGUUCCGGUUGUCUCAAUCCUAAAACAACAAGCAAGCAAACAAAAACCCUAAACAACUUAUUUAACCUGGCUCUUACAAUUCUGACUAGAAUGGGUUAAGGUAGGUGUCAUAGCUUCACUCUGGAUAUGACAGACUGAUUUACUCUGAGAAAUAAGCAGGUAUUCCUAAUGUUCUGCACCUGCAGAAUUUCAUACAAAAACAACGAACAAACAAACAAACAACAAUAACACACACACACACGCACGCACGCACGCACGCACGCGCGUAUCCUCGACAACCACAUCCUCGAUAUGCUUGACAUGCUUGUGUCUAGUGACACUCAGUGGUUACACCCCAUAAAUGUAAUUGACAAAAUCUGCUACAUGGCAACUACAAAACUACACAGCGGGACAAAGGGAGCUCUAUUUUUGGUGAAUAAUUGGUUAGCAACUGCGUCUUUAACAGAAAAAUAAACCAUUUAUCAUUCUUUACCCUCAAUUAAACAUAGCUGAAUCCACGGGAUAUUAUUAUAGACUCUGAAACACAUUAUUUGCAUAAUGUUGCUUAUCCUUUGGGAGGCAUGACAUCAUGCAAAAAUUACAAAUAAAAUACUCAUCUUCCGCAUAUGAACAGAUGUCGUCAUUGUUAUGUUCUUAGAGACGACGUCAUUUGUGCAACACGUCCGAUAGAUCGAUUCAUAUCUUCGGCAGAGCACGUUUAUCAUUUGAGCAACCAUCCUUAUGUAAUUACGUUCCACUUACUAUCCCGAUGCUUGAUCUCAGCCACAUACGUAUCGUUACAUACUGGCCAGACAGACAACAAACAAGCAAUUUUCACCCCUUUGUGCUUAAAUUUACAGUCUGACGUCCGAAAAGUCAUCAUUACGUUAAUUAUAGGCCUAUUACUCUCUUGCGCGUCACUUGUCCACACACGAUGGGAGGUUAUCUCUUCAGCGCAGCCACGUCUCGCUCGUCUCGAUGACAGCGAGGGGCGUUUCGGUAGCGUAGCCACACCUGCCCUGUGAUGCCCUGGAAAAAGCUGUCGUCCUAAAGAUCAGUUCCGGUGACUUCGCAGAAGCAAAGAAGCAAAUGUCCCUUGGCUGCCACGAUUCACGUUUUGACCGGUUUUGAUUUGAAAUCUCUCCCAACGUGCACAGCGCCACCGGCUCAGGUGCUCUAAUUUCGGUGCGCUCGCGUUGCCAGCUCCACAACAGCCCGGAUGUAGCACACUGUCUUCGCAUCAAUACCAGCUUGUAGAGCACACUGAAGACUGAUAACAUGGCGCUGGCAACCACAUAACGGUAUAUCCAUAAUCAUAGUUGACGAGCAAAUCACUGUUUGGACAUGUGAGGACCUUAUCGAAGGGAACAGAAGGGAAGAGGUGGAGUCUGGGCGAGCAUGCUGAUUGGCUUGGCAAGGGUUUGUCCAGCUUUUCCAACAUGUUUGGAAAGAAGAAGAAGAGGCUGGAGAUCUCAGCCCCGUCUAACUUCGAGCACCGCGUGCACACGGGCUUUGACCCCCGUGAGCAGAAGUUCACCGGGCUGCCCCAGCAAUGGCAGAGCCUGCUGGCAGACACGGCCAACCGGCCCAAGCCCAUGGUGGACCCGUCCUACAUCACCCCCAUACAGCUGGCCCCCAUGAAGAUAUCUCCCAAGAAAGUCCGGUCGUCUGAAUCGCCGUUGCGAAAAACCAUUGUGCGGGGCAGCCAGCCACCCAAAGACGCUUCCAUCAACGGCCUGCUAGAAGAGUUUGACAGCAUCUCAGUCACGCGCUCCAACUCCCUGCGCAAGGAGAGCCCACCAGGGCCCCACCAUGCUGGCUCCAGCAAGCAGCUGUCAGUAGCCUCGGCUAACGCCAGCAGUAGCGGCCCCGAGGAGAACGGCUUCAGCCACUACUACGCCCGCUACUCCUGCGACCUGGACAGCAGCCGGGACUUCUCCCUGGACCGGGACAAGGGUGGCUACGACGGGGAGUGGGCGGUGGGCCGGCACUACCGCCUUUCCGUCAAACAGAACGGCCACUCCAUCCGCAGCCCUUUCUACCCGGACGCCAUGCCGCAGAAGUCCUCGGACUAUGGCCGGAUGCCGCCGGACUACCACGCCUACCUGGAGAGCAAAGUACGCUUUUCUGCGGACGAGGGGGUGGCGCCCGGCGCCAGGGCCUACUAUCGCGCCUCUCUUGGGGGAUCCAGCCAGGACUACCGGGAACAGCCCCUGGGGACUCCGUCACGCAUCUCAUUACAUAGCGAUCAGAUGCACUAUGCGGAUGGGGACUGGGGUGGGGGUGGUUAUGCCCUGGGCCUGAGGGACGACUAUGAUAAGAGGCCCAAGUCAUCAUAUGUGUCGCAGACGAGCCCCCAACCGGCCAUCCGCCAGCGCUCCCGGUCAGGCUCGGGCCUGCAGGAACCCAGCCUGCCCUAUGGCAUCAGUGCCUUCAGGGCUGCACCACAGGGCCCCUACAGUUCCUACACCUACCCACGGCUCUCUGAAAACACCUCUGCUUCUCAGAUCAUCGGGAAGGUUGACUAUGACAGGAUGUCACGGGACGGGAGUCCACAGGUGCCAGGGGCAGAGACGUACCCCCGCGGCCCGCUCAGACUACCUCAGAGCCACGGCAAAGCCGGCUACCCGGCCAGUUUUCAGUACCCUGCCGCCUUCCACUACAAGCCCUCGCCAUACCACCACCCGCCCUCCCAGCCCAGCCCGCCCUACACCCCACAGGGGGCGCACUCCCAGCCCUCCUCACCAUACAUCCCCCCUGGGGCCUACCCGCCGCCAAGCUGGGGCUCUGCCUCCGAGCAGCCGCCCUCACGUGUGUCUCACGAGCAGUUCCGGGCAGCGCUGCAGCUGGUGGUGAACCCGGGCGACCCGCGAGAGUACCUGGACAACUUCCUGAAGAUUGGCGAGGGCUCCACUGGCAUUGUUUGCAUUGCCACAGAGAAGCACAGUGGCAAGCAGGUGGCUGUGAAGAAGAUGGACCUGAGGAAGCAGCAACGCCGUGAGCUCCUCUUCAAUGAGGUGGUGAUUAUGAGAGACUAUCACCAUGAGAACGUCGUGGACAUGUAUAAUAGCUAUCUGGUUGGAGAUGAACUCUGGGUGGUUAUGGAGUUCUUAGAAGGUGGUGCUUUGACAGACAUUGUCACGCAUACGAGGAUGAACGAGGAGCAGAUUGCCACAGUGUGUCUGUCGGUGUUAAAAGCCCUCUCGUACCUCCACAUGCAAGGCGUCAUCCACAGAGAUAUAAAGAGUGAUUCCAUUCUUCUAACAAGUGAUGGCAGGAUAAAGCUCUCUGACUUUGGCUUCUGUGCCCAAGUAUCAAAAGAAGUUCCAAAGAGAAAGUCCUUAGUGGGCACGCCGUACUGGAUGGCACCUGAGGUAAUCUCCAGAUUGCCCUAUGGCACUGAGGUGGACAUUUGGUCUCUGGGGAUCAUGGUGAUUGAGAUGGUGGAUGGUGAGCCACCAUACUUCAAUGAGCCUCCACUCCAGGCCAUGAGGAGAAUACGAGACAACCUCCCCCCUCGGCUAAAAGAGUCGCACAAGGUAUCGUCAGUUCUCAGAGCCUUUUUGGACCUGAUGUUGGUGAGGGAACCUUCGCAGCGCGCCACAGCACAAGAGCUGCUUCAGCACCCCUUCCUCAAACUCUCAGGCCCUCCCUCCUGCAUAGUGCCCCUGAUGAGGCACUACCGUCACUGCUGACCUCCUGCCAGCAGGGCGGCAACACCCCAGUGUAGUACAACAUACCAAGAUACCCAAUCAUAUGUAACUUGUGGAUAAAAGACACUGACACCUGUAAUCGUUUGUAGUUUAGGUGAACAAAGCAAACAAGAAAGCAUCUAUUAAAACAAAAAAUUAUGAAUAAAGAAUAUCAUGCUAAGGUGGAUAUAUUAUGGCCUGUAGUAGCCCCCUGGUUUCAGGGGUGGGUGUUUGAAUCUAAGUUUUUAUUAGCUAGUGAAAACUCCAUGGGGGUGAUUUUGUCCGGUGCAGUUUUUCUCUCUCUAGGCCGUGGCUUCCUUUCUGGUAGAAUUCAGGCAGGGUGGAGCAGUGCUCAGCCUGCAAGGAUGAGGAGCUGACAGGCCACUGGCCAUCGAUGGCUGCUGGCUCAGGAGAGCCCAGCAAUAACAACAAUGCAUUCUGGAGAAAAAUGCGCUGGAUCACGGAAGACCACGGGCAAGAUUCUGCUUGCAAUAGAUAGAGGCAAAGCUGUUACACCAUGGAGGGAUGAACGUAUCUUUUUCACUUUUCUCUUCUCACACUAACAAUGAAAGUGUAUUUUAAGGGAAUUGUAAGUUUUUCUGUACAGUUUUGAUAAUGGGCAGUAUUUUGUUGUGAUGUAACCAUUGUGAUAUGGGCAGUAUUAAAUAGAAGAGUUUCUGCGCAAGAUCUUUCCUACUGUUUAUAAACCAUUUUUGACUAAGAAAUAAAUAUACCCACACUAAACACACCCUUAACUGUUAAAGAAACCUGAAUAUAUUUAUUUAUCCUACAUUUGUAGACAGAACUUCCAGUCAGUGCAGAGACCGGUAUUGCCAGAAUUUUAUAAGCUGUUUUAAAGUAUUAUUUAUUUUUGAACUGAAGCUUUAUUUUUCAGUAGUGUGGCCUUUUUAAUUUGGUUCUCAUUUUGAAUACCUACAAAGAGCGAUGCUGGCUAUGUCAUACAAGCAGGAAAUUAUCAGAAAAGCAAUAAUCCUGCAAGUAUUUAUUAUUGUGCUUUUAAAUGCUUGUUAAACUGGUAAUUCCACAACUUUUAUCUGAUUCUCAAAAAGACAUAAACACAAGCUUUCAUUUUUAACCACUGACACCUAGCUGCUCCCUUUAAGAAUUACCAAUGAUACUCAUUCAAGCCGCACCUACCCAAAAUCCCAGCAAUAUUGACAGUUUUGACACAGAAUGUUUUCAUUUCAGUAUGACACCCUCCCUGUAAGUGGCCACUGGGCCUGUUUCUCUCCCAUUAGUCACUGUGAUCUGUAAAUAGGAACAUCAGCUUCUGGCAAACGAAUGGUCGAGCUUGAAUGAGUAAACCUAACUGUAGUGUCUCUUGUACAAUGAUCUUGCAUGUGUGUUAUCGGUAAAAUUGGUUUCAAUAAAAAAAUUGGAAAACA